AUGGAGUCGUCGAAGAUGCGCCCGGGCUCCAAAACGUUGGCGUUUUCCUCAAUAUUUCUCUCCCUUGUUGUCUGCUUUGUAGCACUGGUUCACGUCGAGGUCGAACUUCAUGCUCAUCGACAAAUGCUUCAAGUCUUAAGUCAACAAAGAGCGGAUAAUUUUGAGCCACGCAAAACUGUUCAUGAGCCGAUCACCUCAUCCUUUCACAGUGACUCUGUUGAAGGUAAGUUGCGUGUUUCUUACUUUAUAAGUUAUUCACUGACUGAGACAUGGCGUCGAGUAGUGUGUACGCUUCGCAUAAAUUCUUUCGUCGGUAGCUAUUUCUAUUGCCCUCCCAAUGUUGGUGUGCAAGAUUUGGUGAGUUAACAAGUGCGAUAAAAAACAUUUGGAGGACGAGGAGAAGGGACGGAAGCAAAAAAACAGCGUUGGGUGUAAGUGUCCCAACUAUUUUUUGUCUAAGACUGUAGCUAGCUAAGAUAUAUCUCGUCAAUAUCGCAAAUUUUACAGAGGUAUGUACAUGUAUGGUGUCAUUAUCCAACAAUAGCAGCAACAACGUAGCAAUCCGCAGCACUGCGUUUGAAAAAUCUAACAGUGUUUCCUGAUACUGAAAAAAAGGUUGUUUUUUUUAUAGUGUGAAAUUGAAGGGAAUCUUUGUUUUGAGUCUGUUUUUGUAACCAGUUCAGCUAUUGUUCAACUGAAAAGACUUCCUCCGCUGUCUGAAAGGAUAAGGUAAUUGUUAGCUGCAUCAGGUUACAGCCGUGAUAUAUAGUCAUUUUACGAUCACGUCUAGUUACGCAACCGAAACAUUCCAAACUUUGGCGCGACGAGACGUCAUGAUGAUGACGAUGAAAAAAAAAAUCUCAAAGAAUUUAAUAUAAAAAUACAAUAGGCCCAGGAAAAUGAACGCAGACGAUCAAAGUUCCCCUAACAUAUCAGAACAGAUAAACAGUUUUUAGGGCAGCUCUAAAUUAACCAAACAGGCUUCUAAAGCAUAGAGAAAUCCAUUUGAGACACUUCUGGCCUAUUUGGCCAUUGGGUGUCCCUUAUCAAUGACGUCAAUAAAAGGCGAAAAUGAUUUCUUAAAAACCUACAAGAAAGUGAAGGUUUCUUUGGGUGGUAUUAGGCCAUUUGCACGAUAACAGAAUUUUACUACUAAGCCGAGAAUCCAUUUCAUUUCAUUUUCAUUUCAUUUCAUUUCAUUUAUUUGUUUUUUUAGUCACUCACAUUACAUAAAAAUAAAACGUUACAAGAGGUGUUAAUUAAAAUAUAAGUUGUUGUGACAAGGAAGCUAUAUUAAGCUAUAUUACAAAGGGGAUCGCAGCUUGUGGAGAAAACAUAAAACUUAAGCGACAGACCCCGAGUAUCAAUGAGAUAAUUUUGCAGAUUUUUUAAAAACAAAUAUGGAAGAGGAGCUGGUUAGUGUAACUGGCAAAGAAUUGCAAAUUGUUGGUCCCGCAGGUUAUUGUUUUCUUGUUAUUUAAACCUCCCUGGGAUUACCACAUUUAGAUAUGAAAAGAAAAGCGAAAAUGAUUCUAGACGUAGUAGUACAGUGUAUAAUGACGCCAUGGUGCAAAUGAUCCAUUAUCUUCCCUAUUUAUUAUUAACAAAGUAUCACCAUCACUGUUUUUCUUCUUUUCUUUCCAUGUAGUUGCAGAAGUUCACAGUCGCCACAAACGCAACUCUAAAAGUGUCAACAAGAACUCAAGUGCGACUGUCAGUCGUGAUGACAUCGAAAGGGAAGUCCACCGGGCCCUAAGUAGCCUGGCCUGCACGGUGCAUUGUCCUAAAGGUAUUAGGGGGAGACGUGGCAGGCCUGGUCCCCCGGGCAAGCAGGGUCCACCUGGACCUCAAGGACCUCAAGGACCUAAAGGAAGCAAAGGUGCUCAAGGCGAUCAGGGACCACCUGGGCCUCAAGGCGAUCAGGGCCUUCAAGGACCCAAAGGCGAUCCUGGUGAAUCUAUCUCAGCUCCCUCUAUUGUCUCACCUCCGUUUUCCAUGGUGGUAAAUGAAACUGGUAUAGCCUCAUUGCAGUGCGAGGUUAAGGGAAAUCCAACACCUCAGGUCACGUGGCUAAAACACAAUUCAAGUCUUCUCGCCGACAAGCGAAUCUUCCAAUCACGUGGCGGAUUAACUAUUAGAGAUGUGACGUCACAAGAUAGUGGUAUUUACACUUGUAAAGCAAGAAAUUUACUUGGCGUGAUAACAUCAUCAGCAGCGUUAACUGUUCAAGGUGAAAAAAAGCUCACCACUUUCCAUUUUUCACAACGUCAAUUUUUAACGACUGCGAACAAGCAAGGAUAGGUUGUCGCAUGCUUAUGCUAAGUUAAAUUUGAUAAUUUGAUGCAUCGCCACACUUGCAGAGGCACUGUGCGAAACAUUUAUAAUGUGAAAAUAAAUAAAUUAUUUUAAUGUAGGGAACUAAACAGCGCAAAAAAUAUAAACCGGUACUUCUUGGUCUAUUUUGUUGAGAUGCUUGAACCAGACAUCACUAUAACGUGUGAAUGAACCAUAUAUUUCAAUUACAAAGCUGGUACUGAGGCAAAAUGGCACUUUUAAUCAAGCCGAUGUUUCGACUAGUACCACUAGUCUUCUUCAGGACCAGUGCUAUCGACAUAACACAGCAAGAAGGCUUUUUUCAUGUUUAAUUCUGUGUUUCUGUGAGAGCACCACUUGUUCAAAUCAAUAUGCAUGUUCAGUAUAAAAGAAACUUGUCAUCUCCCCCUUUUUUGUUGUAACAAACUUGUUUGGGUACAUGUUCGACAUGACAAUUUUUUGUAACAAGCAGCUUGGUUCAUUUACUGUAAUGUUGUAGCACCUCGAUCACUCAAACUCUAAUGCCCUCUCCAAGAUCUCUACGAUUCGAUUAAGGCACUACCUGUCAAUAUUUGGGGCGGACGAUUGGGGCUACUUUAAUUGGAUAAGGUUACAAUUUUAUGGAGGCCAUUUCUGGGAAAGCGACUUUGAUUUGAUAGCAUAGAGACGUGGUGAGGAUCCAGGUGAGGGGACCAACAAUUUUUACUCACAACACUUGAAAUUAAGACCGGUCUAUCCAGAGCGACGUUACGACUGUUGCAUCAGAGAUAUAUGAAUGUUCCAGUGACAGCUGUACUUGUAGAGUUACAGUUAUUUACUAUUUAUUCUUCAACUUCGUUGUCAUUACCACCGCGUUUUCUCACUGCAUUUUCAAUUACGAAUCGAACGUUAGGGGCAUUUUAUCAGUAUAGAAAAUGAACUGCAAAGCUUGACUUCAGUUACUUACUCGGAUGUUGGGUAUGAUAAACUGACCAUACCUGUUGUAUUCUUUUGUAGUUGGUGCCGUGAUCACUCAUAAACCCUCCUCUAUCAUCGUUGAAGAAGGGCAAAACGCGAUUUUACAGUGUAAAGCUAGUGGUCGCCCAACUCCCAGAAUCACGUGGCGAAGAGCAUUGAGUCACUUGCCCAAAGGGAGGACAAGAGUGGUUGAUGGUAAUCUGACCAUAGAGGGUGUGGCUAAAUCAGAUAGCGGGACUUACGAAUGCUUAGCAAAGAAUCUCCUGCGUCAGGAAUCAGCUGUCGCCAUACUAAUGGUGACUGACGAGCUUAAAUUCACCAUUACCCCUGCCCUGAAAGUUAAAGCGGAAACAUCAAGCGAUUUGAUGUUAAACUGUAAAGCUCAAGGUUCAACAGGAACUAUUUGGAAAAGAGUGGGGCAAAGUCUACCUCAAAACCACGUUCUAUAUUUUAAUGGCACAUUGCUGCUUCGGAAUUUGAAGCUGAAUGAUGCUGGCUCCUAUAAAUGCGUUGCAGGAAACGCCCAGCGUUCUAUUGAGGCGAUGUCUGUUGUUGACGUGUGUGAGUAUUUAAUCAAUUAAAAAUUAACUAGUUAAUGUAAGCUUCUCAAAGUUAACAAAAAAUGAAAACAAAAAGAAAAAACAGGUUAUUUAGGGCCUGUUUACAUGGAGGUGGGGGACCCCAGGUAGGUGAGGUAAUCCGCUUAGGUGGGGCAACCUGCCUUUCCACAUAAUCUCUCAUUUUAAUUUGGCAACGUUUACAUGAUAGGUGGGGGUGACCCUCCACAUGUUACCUCACCUAUCUGGGGUCCCCACCCCUAUGUAAAGAGGCCUUUAGUAAACUGGACAGCUUUUCCAUGAGGCUUACCGUUUACCGAGCUGGAAAGGCAUUUACCGCUAUCAAUAGACAUUGCCCUUGUUAGAGGGUCUCAAUGGGGGUUAAGCGUGUGGCGUGAAACGUCCAAAAAAUUAACCGUGUGUCGUGAAAAAGGAAAAAAAUUAACCGUGUGUCGUGAAUUAUUUUUGUCCAGAUAACCGUGUUGUUUGUAGCUUUUCCUAAGCUCUUAACAAUUAUUUGAUGUAUGUGGUCCAUUUGGUAUUUUUAGUUUGUUUUUCAGACAGAAAAAACAUUUAUUCGAUAUAUAGACAAAAUCACCACAGGUAUCCCAAAGAACACGAAAUAACAAUGCACAUUGUGUAUGACGUCAUUUUUGAAGAUAAGCACAUGGCUGGUGGAUUUUAGAGUCUGCCUGAUCGUCCCGGUCGAAAGUCUGGACGAUGAGUGUGAUUAAAGCCAUUGUAAGUGUCUUUAGUCAAGGGCAAGAAAAGCCAAUCGAAAGAUAUAAGUCCAGAAUUCUGUUAAGCGACGAGCACAAGGAGUCGUUAAAUGCUUUCGAAAAGCAUCUUUCUGAUUUUUUGGGCCUCAAGGAUAAGAUGCGAACCUUGGGUCUGGGCCAAUACACAUUGAAGAUUGUGAUUUCGGCGAGGAAUAUGAAACGGACUCAGACGAUAGUUUGUUUUUCGAUGACGAACCUGAUUAUGUAACAAACAAGCCGGUAAUAACAAGAUCGGGAAGACAUGUCAAGGCCUGGGCAAAGUUUGAUGUUUAAUCACCGUUAGAAAUGUAAGUACAUAUUUCGUUGUGCACAUAAAACUCAUAAGAAUGCAAACAUAGUUAGUAGAAGGAGACCGCUAAACUAUGAUGGAAACAAUGAAAAAAAGCAAAUAGCUCUCAGAUGCUCAAAAAAUAACAUGAACAAUAAUAAUUCAUUGUCUUAAUUCUAACAUUCGUUUUUACUGUUUAGCACCACUUUGCCAAAAUACACUCAUGUUUUUGUUGUUUUCCUUGGCUGUUUUUCUCGGGGCCUUCAACAUGCAUUGCAGGAGAGGUUUUUUUUUUAUAAAAAUUGCAUUUCUACUACCUUUUUUGUGCCUGGAACCUGAUUAGACUGACUAGAUUUCCUUUUUCAUUAUUUCAGGGGUCAGUUUCGUCAGUGCCCCCGAUUAUCAAUGCCACUCUUUAGAAAGGGGGGACAAUAUUUGUUAUUGUUGUGAACUUUUGAACAGUAAUACGUGUAUGCUAAUCUUAGUUAACCGUGCCGAAGAAAAAUUAAACGUGCACCGUGAAAUCGCGAAAUUUUUAACCGUGUACCGUGUUUGCUACACCCCCAUUGAGACCCUCUUGUUAUAGGAAAUUAUAAUUAAAAUUUUACGCCCCAUGAAAUUAACGCGAAUUUCAAAAAUUUGCUUAAUUUAAGUCGUGUUAAUUUUAUCAAGGGUUAAUUUCCGCGUCCUUAAUUAGGUGGAGCUCUAAUUUCCGCAACCUUAAUUACCAUUCUUUUUGGCUACAAAUUCUCGACUUUAACACUUUUAGGGCCUUAACGUACGAAGGGGAUCAAGCGAAGAAAUCUGGCCACUUUGAGGGUUCUUCACAGUUUCACUGUUACUGACGGAUCUCUUCCCUGAUAAAAUACUCCUCUUUCUUAGGUGUCAAGAAGAUCAGAAGUGCAUCGAGAAUUUGGGGGCGAAAUAAUGGAAAUUAUAAGGUUGCGGAAAUUUACUCCACUUAAUUAACCGAGCGAAAAUAAACGCUUACAAAAAUUAACGCGAAUUAAAGAAGCACGAACUUUGCUUUUCUAACUUUGUUCCUGUAUUCUUAACAAGCUCUGUUUCUUUGUGAACAUCGGGGUGAUUUCCUUUAUUUUGAAAUGUUACCUCCCCUCUCGCGUUAAUUUCCCUUAAUGGAAAGCCGUUUUCCACUAAAUUCGUGAUAAUUUACGUAGCGUUAAUUUCCAAUACCUUGGUUACUGAUAAUAACAGAAAUCAAAGGAACAGCAGACGCGGUAGCUCAGCUAUUUUGGCAGAACUGGAGAAAUGAUUACACUAAGUAUGAUGAGAACUUGGCCGAUCCACUGCUUAGAAACAGAGCAAGAAUACUUCAACUUCAAUGCAAUCUAGACAAUAGAAAAAGGAAUAUCGUAUAGAUCAUAAAAACAAUCUGCAAUGUUAUGGCCAGAGUAAAACAAAAACGGAUAUUUAAUAUGUUAAUUAUAAUUAUUAAAAUCUAAAUUAUUGGAUAAUGCAAUCCUAGAGCUCUGAUUGGCUUAGCCAUCAUGGUAUAUUGGCCCUUAUACUAUGCUCUCCAAAUUAUGGUCUCUGUACGCGUCUGCUCAAAAUUAAAACCAGACCUACACCCUGACCACCAGUUCUACGCGAGAGGCCAGCUCCCAGACCACUGGGCCACACUGCCGCUGAAUACAGUAACUAAUCACGUAAAAUUAAUAGUCUUAAACCAUUUCCCUGUUUUAUGCAACUUAUGGUCAGAAGAGAUAGCUGUAUGCAUGACUACGGGAGUCGAUUCCAGUGAGAAAACAUUUCAUACAACUUUCGGCAAUGACUGGAAAUUCUCAUGGGAUAGCAAAACGAGAACAAAAACGAUGGGGCUGAGACAUAAUCGACUGUUUACAGUUAUUUUUACAUAGAAAAAGGUAGAUCAUAUUGAGACAGACUUCCAAAAUAAUGAGUCACGCGUAUAUUAAGCCACUUCAAUGUAAAAUAUGGACAUCAACGCAAACUCAAACUAUACACUUGUCUACAAUAGUAUUCUAUCAGUUGAACUUAGAAAUGCUAAAACGCCGAAAAGUGUGGUCACGUCAGAGGUCGGUCAUCUGUUGAUUAUUGUUUUUAUCACAGACAUCAACGAAUGUUCCAGCAAUCCUUGUUUAAACGGAGGAUCGUGUACGGACCAGGUUAAUGGCUAUGCUUGUAGCUGUCAGCCAGGAUACACAGGAAGACAGUGUCAAACAAGUAAGAAAUAUUUUAAGCGUUGUAAUAUCCCCUGAAUNACGCGUAUAUUAAGCCACUUCAAUGUAAAAUAUGGACAUCAACGCAAACUCAAACUAUACACUUGUCUACAAUAGUAUUCUAUCAGUUGAACUUAGAAAUGCUAAAACGCCGAAAAGUGUGGUCACGUCAGAGGUCGGUCAUCUGUUGAUUAUUGUUUUUAUCACAGACAUCAACGAAUGUUCCAGCAAUCCUUGUUUAAACGGAGGAUCGUGUACGGACCAGGUUAAUGGCUAUGCUUGUAGCUGUCAGCCAGGAUACACAGGAAGACAGUGUCAAACAAGUAAGAAAUAUUUUAAGCGUUGUAAUAUCCCCUGAAUGGUUUUGGCAAAAGUUGUAAUCAAUCUUUUAAUUUUGCCUUGAAAAGUUGAUCUCAGUUUCUCGUGUUGUACUUUUUACCACAGACAUCAACGAAUGUUCCAGCAAUCCUUGUUUAAACAGAGGAUUUUGCGUUGACCACAUUAAUCGAUAUGCUUGUCUAUGUGAGCCUGGAUACACAGGGACUAGGUGUCAAUCAGGUACGUAGGUAUUAGCAUUUAAGGCACUGUAAAUGCUUGUGUGGGAAACAAACCCGUCGAGCAGGCUAUUUGACAUUCUAGAAGCCUUCUUUCGAAUGGGAAUGACGGGGAUAAUUCGUUGAUUGUCUUGUCGCAUUGUGGCUCCUCCAACUUUGGCCCAUCCCUUCCUGGUAAUUAUUACAUAGCUGCUUAUACAAGAAAAAAAGGAUGGCGUCUUUUUCGAAAGCAUAUUGAGACAAUUUAAGUACUCUUCAUCGCUGACAUAUAUUAAGGAGGUAGCCCAAAUUUUUCAAUAGUUUUUGUUGAGUAUAGGGCGACCAACACAACAUGGUGCAAUACAACACCUUGAAUGUUACAAUGUCGUUCCAACCUCUACGUGUUCUUCCUAAUUCUAAUCAAGCCUAAAAUUCUGUUCCCUUUUCUCGCAAUGGUAUCAAUAUGACAAUUCACAUAAAGAGAUGAUGGUUUAAGGUGGGCCAAGGCUGCGAAAUUCGUCAAUUUCCUCCAAGACAGAACCGUUCAUUUACGGUCCUAUUUGAUAUUAAAUGGUUGGUAAUUCGCACUAACUUCCAGCACUUACACCGAAGGUUAUCUUGUUUAAAGAUGACUCCAUGCUUAGUUUAAUGAGAUCCCCGGCCUUAAAACAUCAACUGAUUAUUGGGGCAAGUUAUUGCUCUAAAUGCCUUACAUUGGUCUGCAUAACGUGCCACCGACUCCCUUGGAGUGACCACCUCAGGAGGACCACUGAUAACUUAAAAUAGCGAAAACAGGGGGCUCAAGAUUCGAAAAAGUGCCCAGCACAAUCGGGACAUGCCUUCUUCUUGGCACAAGUUUUCAAAAUACGUGCGGGAGAGGGAACCUAAAUACUGCGCCAGGACUUCGAGCCAGGACUCCUGUCACGACGUAUACUAGAAACUCGUUAUCGCAAAAAUCUCAUGAAGCUGUAAAGGGUCAGCAGUGGGAAUAAAGGGAAACAAGCCAAAGGGAAAAAAUAUGAACAAAAAAACGAAACUAAACAGAAAACAAUGCGCAAAGUAAACGAAAAUGGCCAUAUCGAGAGUCAAACCUACACCUUGACCACCUUCUACGCGCGAAGCCAGCUCCCAGACCACUGGGCCGGGCCACGCUGCCGUUGAAUAACUAAUCACGUAAAAUUAAUGGUCUUAAACCAUCUUCCCUGCUGAAUGCUACAAUUAAAUAUGGUCAGAGGGGAGAGCUGUAUGACUAGAGGAGUGGAUUCCAGUAUGAAGACUUUAAAUACCACUUCUGGCAAUGAAGCCAAACUCUCAUGGAACAGCGAACGAGAAGAAAAACGAUGGCUGAGACAUCAUCGACUAUUUAUAGUCCUUUUUAUAUAUAUAGAAAAAGGGAAAUCAUAUGGAGACAGACUUAGAAAGAAUGGGUCAUGUAUAUUACGCUUCUUAAAUCAUCAACCCAAACUCAACUAUACUAGUAUUCUAUCAGUUGAACUUAUUGCUAGAACACCGAAAAGUGUGGUCACGUCAUAAGUGGUCGGUGACCUGUCAAUUAUUGUUUGGGGUAACAAUCUUUUUAUGUUUCUAUUAAAAGUUGAGUAUUCCGGUGUUUGAAUUUCUUAUCACAGACAUCAACGAAUGUUCCAGCAAUCCUUGUUUAAACGGAGGAUCGUGUACUGACCAGGUUAAUGGAUAUGCUUGUAGCUGUCUGCCUGGAUAUACAGGAGCACAGUGUCAAACAAGUAAGAAAUUUUUUUAGUGUAGUAUCCCUGAAUAGUUUUGGCAAAAGUUGUAAUCAAUCUUUAAAUAUUGCCAUGAAAAGUUGUCUUUUCUCAUCUUGUACAUUUUGCCACAGACAUCAACGAAUGUUCCAGCAAUCCCUGUUUAAACGGAGGAUCGUGUACUGACCAGGUUAAUGGAUAUUCUUGUAGCUGUCAGCCUGGAUACACAGGGGCUAGGUGUCAAUCAGGUACGUACGCAUUAGCAUUAAGGGGGCAUUACGGUUGGAUUUUAAAGAAAAAUUGAAAAUUUCACCAGUUUUUUUAUUUCCUCUUAAAUGAUACGAGAAUCCAUCUAGUUUUAGAUUGUACAUGUAGUUUAGGCUUAAUUAUUCGCGCGCCGCUAAAAAUCAGCCGCUUUGAAGGGCUGGUAAAUUGUUCGGGUUUGGUUGCUAUGGCAACCACAAGUAGUUCAGUCGCUUUGGCACGUUUUAUUUUUCCAAAAUUGUACAAAAACUCAUUCCAGGUGAUCAUGAGACCCAAGAGUCCAGUCCCAGAUUCUCUGACUCGGAAUUUCCAAUACUUUGAAGCCCGGUUACAAAGCACUUAGUCUUCACAGAUUUAGCGUGAGCGUCCAUCUUGCUUACUUUUGUUCUUGUUAGUAAAUCAUGCCAAAAGUUGGGAGAAAACAGUCUGUUUUAAGGAAUAGUGUGUCAAAAAGAAAGAAAGGUUUUAGGGAAACCCAGAAACAGGAGGUAGCGCAGAAGAGAAGGAAAGAAACGCGAGCUGUAGAAGUGACCUUUGUUGGUGAAGACAAUGUUGUCAGCGAGAAAAUUCCACCCCCCGCAGAAUCUGCUUCCAAACGGAAAAUACAGGCAAACGACGAUGGAAGCUCCUGGAAUGAAACUGCUGAAGAUGAUCUGGCCCCUGCCGAAGGAUACAGACUUGUUUCAAUGGACAGUCUUCUAAAUUUGUGAAGAGAAUUUACGCACAAACUCCAUGCCAUUUAGGUAAGAGUUAUGUGAGUUAAAUUAUAAGAUCUAUGAACUAAGAUAUAAAAGCUGUUUUUCUGGAUCAAUGCUGGGCCAAAAUUACUACAGCUAUAUCUCUUUAUUAAUAAAAGCGUUGAUUGUCUUUAUUCAUCUACUAGGCAAAGUACAAAUGUUGGAGAGUUCCAGUAACCGGUUUGGGCUAGGUAGCUCACUUUAUGCCAAGUGCAGUGGUUGCGGUAUGUCCGAGUUUCUUGCAACUGGUAACCACCCUCAAGAUGAUGUUAAUCCAAGGACUCUUCAGGGAAAAGAUGUGAACAGAAGAAUGGUGUUGACUGCAUUUGAGAGUGGCAUUGGAAAAGAAGGAGUUGCCAAAUUUUGCGAGGUCUUCAAUAUGCCUUUUAAUAUUUCACCUGACACCUGGUACAGCCAUGAAGAGAUCCUUAGUCAAGCCUUCCAAGAGGAANUGAAGAGAAUUUACGCACAAACUCCAUGUCAUUUAGGUAAGAGUUAUGUGAGUUAAAUUAUAAGAUCUAUGAACUAAGAUAUAAAAGCUGUUUUUCUGGAUCAGUGCUGGGCCAAAAUUACUACAGCUAUAUCUCUUUAUUAAUAAAAGCGUUGAUUGUCUUUAUUCAUCUACUAGGCCAAAUACAAAUCUUGGAGAGUUCCAGUAACCGGUUUGGGCUUGGUAGCUCACUUUAUGCCAAGUGCAGUGGUUGUGGUAUGUCCGAGUUUCUUGCAACUGGUAACCACCCUCAAGAUGAUGUUAAUCCAAGAACUCUUCAGGGAAAAGAUGUGAACAGAAGAAUGGUGUUGGCUGCAUUUGAGAGUGGCAUUGGAAAAGAAGGAGUUGCCAAAUUUUGCGAGGUCUUCAAUAUGCCUUUUAAUAUUUCACCUGACACCUGGUACAGCCAUGAAGAGAUCCUUAGUCAAGCCUUCCAAGAGGAAACAAGUGAACAGCUACAAAAGAACUGUGCAGAAGCCAGAAAGCUUGCCAUGCUUGAGGAAGCUCUUGAUGAUGAUGAUGAUAAUGUGACUAUUGUAGAUAUUCCCAUUAGUUUUGAUGGUACAUGGUCGAAGCGUGGCUACACUGCUAAUCACUGUAUUGGCUUUGUGAUAUCUGCAGCUACAGGAAGGGUUCUGGAUUUUGAAGUAAUUUCCAAGGUGUGUCAGCAAUGUACUCAAAUGAAGGCAAAACUUGAUGAGGCAGGUUUCAAUGACUGGUAUCAAGACCAUAUCUGUGAAGGGUCCUACAAAGGAUCCAGCCCUAGCAUGGAAAUGGAAUGUGCAAAGAGGCUUUGGGGGCGGAGUGAGAACAAUUAUGUCAGAUACAAAUGGAUGAUUUAUGAUGGUGACUCUAAAUCAUACAAUGCUAUAUGGAGUGUGUAUGGUGCAUGUGACACUUGUCACAAGUAUGAAGCGAUGAAACAAUCUGACAAAGAACUCAUUGCAUGGAAAAACUCUCAAGAGCACAAGACAUGGGAAGAAGACCAUCUUCAAGGAAAGGCAGAGUGUGAGAGAGUGAUAAAAUUGGACUGUAUUGGGCAUGUCCAAAAGAGGCUUGGAAAGGCCCUUUAUGAGUUUCAAAGUUCCUCCACUAAGCUGUCUGAUGGCAAACCAGUGAAAGGUAGAGAUAGGCGACUAACUAAGAAAGCUAUUGAAAAACUGAAAAAAAACUAUGGAAAAGCUGUGCGUAACAAUGUAAACAGAAACAUAGCUUCGACGAGUGAGAGAGACAGUGCAGUAAAAAAGAUGCAAGUGGAGAUAAAAGCUGGCCUGUAUCACUGCCUAAAAAUUUCAAACCAAGAAAGGCACAAAUACUGUCCAGUUAAUUCAUGGUGCAAGUUCAAAAAAGGAUUGCCUUGUCCAAACAAGCCACAUCACCUGGAUGGUGUUUUCAAGGAACCACUUGAAAAAAUCUAUGAUCGUUUGAGCGAGCCAGCACUCCUCAUCAGAUGCUUUCCUGGAUACACCCAGAAUGCAAAUGAGUCUGUCAAUGCAUUGGCAUGGAACAAGUGUCCCAAGCAUAAGUGGCAUGGAAGAAAUCGAAUUGUCAUGGCUGCAUCCUCUGCCGCUUUGCACUUCAGUUGUGGUGCAACAAAAAAGUUUGAUGUCAUGAGGAAAGCUGAAAUCUCACCUGGCAAGCACAGUUGGAAGGAAGCAAGAUGAAGAGACAGUGGAAGAAUUCUGCAAGCAGAGCACAGAGCUCAAGAAAAACACAAAAAAUAUAGACUUGUACGAAGACAAGCUAAGCAGAGAGAAGAAGACUUGCGUGUAACCCGGGAAGGCAUGACCUAUGAAGCGGGAGGUUUUGACGAAACACAGUUGUGCAGAAUGGGUAAAAAGAGAAAGAACCAAAGAACCUAAGCAUACCUUCAAGUAGGUGUGCUGUUAUGCAUCAAAGGCCAUUUUAGGGAGUCAUUAUUCUUACAAGUGACAUUUAGAUAAAACUUAACUUUCAAUUGCAUUUUUCUGAAAAUAGCUUUUUUCACAGUAUUUUUGUUGGCCCCUCAUAUUUCUCAAAGAGUAUUUCAGCUAUUGUCACCAAAUUUGGUACAAAGAUUGUUUAUGUAAUUGUCUGCAACCUAAUUGAGCAAAAUUUCUGUUUUUGAAAUACAACUGGUUUUAUAAGUAAUUUGUCGUUCGCAAAAUCUAAUUUGUUACCAUGACAACCAAAAUGGUCAAAAGGUGAUAACUCUCAAUAAGGUUGCAGUCCAUUGCAUACUGCUUUAUUUUACCAAAGAUUAGGUGAUUAUUUAAAAAGGAAAUGACAAAAAAGUGAGGGGCCCCGAUUUAGCCCCCAAAAUAGCCCCUCACAGUAACUUGUUAAUUAUUAACCUAAAAUAAACAAUAUGGUAACUCUAAAUAUGUCGUGUGGUAAGCAAUUGCCUGGGUGUACUUCUUACCAAGUUUGAGCUGAUUUGAUUGAAUUGUUGAUUAAAUAUGAUUUUUUAAGUAAGCUACCAAAAUCUUACCAUGAACUUACCGUAAUGCAAAUGUUGCCAUUUGACAUUCAAGAAGAGUUCUUUCGUAUGAGAAUGACAGAGAUAAUUCGUUGGUUGUCUUGUGGCAUUGUGGCCCCUCCAACUUUGGCCCAUCCCUUCUUGGUAAUUAUUACACAGUUCCCUAUACAACAAAAGGAGGAUGGUGUCUUUUUCGAAAGUAUAUUGAGACAAUGUAACUACUCUUCAUCGCUGACAUAUGUUAAGUAGCCCAAAUUUUUUAAUAGUUUUUGGAGUAGGGUGACCAAUACAACAUCGUGCGAUGCAACACCUUGAAUGUUACAAUGUCGUUCUAACCUCUACGUGUUCUCCAUAAUUAUAAUCAAGCCUAAAAUUCUGUUCGCUUUUCUCGCAAUGGUAUUAAUAUGACAAUUCACAUGAAGAGAUGAUGGUUUUAGGUGGGCCAAAGCUGCGAAAUUCGUCUGAAAUUUCCUCCAAGACAGAACCGUUCAUUUGCGGUCCUAUUUGAUAUUAAAUGGUUGGUAAUUCGCACUAACUUGCAGUACUUACAUCGAAGGUUAUCUUGUUUAAAGAUGACUCCACGUAACAGUUUAUCGAGAUCCCCUUAAUACAUCAUCUCUGAUUAUUGGGGCAAGUUAUUACAGAUAACUCUAAAUGCGUUACAUUGAUCUGCAUGAAGUCCCACCGACUCCCUAGGAGUGACCACCUCAGGAGGAUCACUGAUAACUUAAAAUAGCGAAAACAGGGGGCACAAGAUUGAUCCCUGUGACAUACCAGACGGGAUUCAGUUUAGCGCACUUGAGCAAUUGCCAUCAGCUAUAACCCCUUACUUACGAUUUGAUAAUCGGGAACACCCUUUCAUGAAGCCAUGCUGCCAAUCAGAAGGAAAGGUGAAUAAAUGGCCCCGGUGGAUGAUUUUUUCAUUUUGCUUUAAAAACUGGUAGCUCUUCAGUUCCAGAUAAAGGAAACUUCACCCCGGCUAAAAGAUGGUUAGUGGCUGCAGCAGCUUCUUGGUAGGCAUGUCCCGACUGCGCUGGAAAAUUCGCCAAAACGAGCUCAAAACAUGGCAAAAAAGUGUUCAUGACAAAUGGUGCUCGAAUUUUUGAAAAAAGUGCUUGAAAUUUCCAAAAAAGCUUGAAAGAUGCUCGUACGUUUUUAACUAUUUCCUAGCAGAUAUGUUCAUAAAUAUUCUUAGUUUUAUAAAAGCUUUACCCCUCGAUUGUCUAAUAGGUGACCACAACAGAAGUGAAACACCAAUGUUUUUUUUUUCCAAAAUCGACUGUUUCCACGGUUAAAAGCAGCAUUUUUAAGACAACAGUCAGGCGACAAUGUGGUUGAUUAUUCAAGUUCGUGAUAAAAGAAUUACUCGGCUUACUGAAAUCGUUUCAAAGACAACAUAUUGCAUUUAACAUGUGGAAAAUUGAAAAAAAAAAUUAAAAUGCUUAAUUGUUGCCCAAAAAGUGAAAAAUGCUCAAUUUCUGCUCAAAAGUCAAGAAAGUGUUCAAGAGUGCUGGAAAUGUAAAAUACUGCUCCAAAUUAAAAAAAGUGCCGAAAAAGUGCCCAGCACAAUCGGGAAAAGCCUACUUCUUGGCACAAAUAUAAAUAUUCAAAAUACUUGCGGGGGAAUUAAGAUACCAAAAUACCGAGCCAGUACUUCGAGCCAGGACUCCAGUCACCACCUGACGUAUACUAGAAAUGAGUUAUCGCAAAAGUCUCGCGAAGCUGUAAAGGCUCAUGGGUGAGAAUAAAGGAAAACAAGCCAAAGGGAAAAAAUAUAAACAACAAAAACGAAAACUAAACAGAAAAAGUGUGCAAAGAAAACGAAAAUGGCCACAUCGCGAUUCAAACCCACACCUUCUACGAGAGAAACCAACUCCAAGACAACUGGGCCACGCUGCCGCUGAAUAACUAAUCGGAUCACGUAAAAUUAAUAGUCUUAAACAAUUUUCCCUACUUAAUGCAACUUGUAGUCAGAAGAGAUAGCUGUAUGACUAGAGGAGUCGAUAUGAUCGAAAAGACUUUUCAUAUCACUUCGGCAAUGAAUGCAAAUUCUCAUGGGACAGCAAAGCGAGACAAAAAUCGGUGGCUAAGACAUAAUCGACUAUUCAAAGUCCUUUUUAUUCAGAAAAAGGUAAGUCAUAUGGAGACAGACUUCUAAAUAACGCGUCAUGUAUUUUAAGCGUCUUCAGUGUAAGAUAUGUACAUCAAGGCAAACUUAACUACACUAGUAUUCUAUCAGUUGAACUUAUUGCUAAAACGCCUAAAAGUGUGGUCACGUCAGGGGUCGGUCACCUUUUGACUGUUGUUUGGGAACAACAAUCUUUUAAUGUUUCUAUUAACAGUUGAGUAUUCCGGUGUCUUAUAUUUUUUAUUACAGACAUCAACGAAUGUUCCAGCAAUCCUUGUUUAAACGGAGGAUCUUGUACCGACCAGGUUAACAGAUAUGCUUGUAGCUGUCAGCCUGGAUACGCAGGAGCACAGUGUCAAACAAGUAAGAAAUAUUUUUAACGUAAUGGACCCCUGAGUAGUUUUGGCAAAAGUGGUACGUGUAAUCCAUCUUUUAAUAUUGCCAUGAAAAGUUUACCUUUCUCGUAUAAUUUGCACAUUUUGCCACGGACAUCAACGAAUGUUCCAGCAAUCCUUGUUUAAACGGAGGAUCGUGUACUGACCAGGUUAAUGGCUAUGCUUGUAGCUGUCAGCCUGGAUACACAGGAGCACAGUGUCAAACAAGUAAGAAAUAUCUUUAUUGUAAUAUCCCCGGAAUAGUUUUGGCAAAACUUGUAAUCAACCUUUUAAUAUUGCCAUGAAAAGAUGUCUUUUCUCAUAUUGUACAUUUUGCCACAGACAUCAACGAAUGUUCCAGCAAUCCUUGUUUAAACGGAGGAUCGUGUACUGACCAGGUUAAUGGAUAUGCUUGUAGCUGUCAGCCUGGAUACACAGGGGCUAGGUGUCAAUCAGGUACGUACGCAUUAGCAUUUAAAACACUGCAAAUGUUGCGAUUUGACAUUCAAGAAGAGUUCUCUCGUAUGAGAAUGACGGAAAUAAUUCGUGUGGAGAGAAAGGGGAAAAAUCGGCGAGCAUAG